UCUCCCUCUCUCGCCGCAACUGCCUGGCCCACUCCUCGCCAUGUCGCCUUCUGCUGACACGCCGCAGCCGCGCGGCCUCACCGCCGCCGACCUGCUGGCGCACCAGGCGGCACUGGAGCGCGAGGCGCGCGAGGCCGUGCCCUUCAGCUUCACAAAGGGCGGCUGCACCCACGCCCGCGGCUACAUCCGCCAGCCCGUGUGGGCGUGCACGACGUGCGGCGGCGGAGGUGUGUGCGCUGGGUGCAGCGUUGGCUGUCAUGCAGAGCAUGACCUGGUGGAGCUCUUCGCCAAGCGCUCCUUCCGCUGCGACUGCGGCACGCUCUCCAUGUCGCAGCGCACCCGUGCUGCCGGUGCCAGCAGCAGUGCUGCUCCAGAGAUGCCGACGCCGUGCAGCCUGCGGCCAAAGGAGACGGCCGUGGCGACGGAGAACGAGGACAAUGCGUACGGGCGCAACUUUGCCGGCCACUUCUGCCGCUGUGCGCGCGGCGAGACGUACGAUCCUGAGACUGAAGACGAGACCAUGUUUCAGUGCUUGGCAUGCGAGGACUGGUUCCACGAGAGCUGCACGUCGCUCCUGGGCGGCCUGGCGCCGCCUGGCUCGGCUGCCGCGUCCACAGCUGCGAGCGGCGCGGGUCCUUCUACCACGUCGCAGCCGGCCCAGUCGGGAGGUGAGGGUCGGACAGUCUCGGCACAGGGUAGCGAAGCCGUAGGCACAGAGGCUAGUGCCCCGCAGAAGCCUCCUCAAGGAGACGGCGCGGAGCAAGUGCCUGUCAAGACCUCGACCACCUCCUCAGUCCACGUGCCGAUCGACGUCGUUCCUGCAGAAGAUGCGCCUUUGCCGCUCAUCGCGCACGAGUCCUUCGACCUGCUGCUGUGUUCCAGCUGCGUCCGAGCUCCGAGUCACGAGAUCUUGAGGCACUACGUCGGUGCCGCUGGCUGGGGCGCGGUGGUGCCUGCUGACAAGGCGCGCUUGAAGCCAACGCCUCUGGCGAGAGGGAACACUGUGCUUGGCUUAGAGCCGAAUGUCGACCUUGCGCUCGAGGCGACAGAGCUAGCGCGGUCCGCGGCACCGGCCGACGACUUGAGCGCUGGCGCCAAGCACGCCCUAACGUCGCCCGAGCCAGAACAAGCAUCGAAAAGGGCCCGGUUGGACGGAGAUGAGGGCCUUGCCGAGGCUUCAGCAGCCUCUGAACAGGAAGCGAAGCCGCUUCAUUCUGCAUCUCAAGAGGCAGGCGCGAAGGCCGCAGAGCCUGCUCCGGUGCCUGGACCGUCGGCUGUUGCAUCAGCAGACCCCUCGUGCACUCUUCCGCCUCUUCCAGCCUGGGCAGCGCCGGAGCAGGACAACGUCGAUGGCGUGCGCCUGGACAUCUUUCUCUCCGACGAUUUCCGGUCUCGCAUCUGCCGCUGCGCCGAGUGCAUCCCGCGCUUCAAGGCGCUGCCCUACGUGCUCGAGUCCGAGGCGACGUACUCGCCGCCGCGCAGCGAAGUCUCAUCAGAGGCCGGCUCGGUUGGCGGUGCCUCGCACGCCUCGUCCUCAUACGACCGCGGCAUGGCGGCGCUGCAGCGUCUGCCUCGCGAACAGAUGCUUGAGUCGCUGGAGGCCUACGGACGCCUGCGCGAUGCGCUCUUUGAGCAGGUGUUGCGGCCGUGCCAAGAGAGCGGACAGGAGGUCGAUGAGGCCACUAUCCGAGCCUUCUUUGCGCGGCAUCGCGAGCAGGCCCGGCGUGGCGGCUGAUGCUGCCCGCGGGUCACGAAUGAUACCCCGUGUCACAGGAAGAGC